AUGAAAUCGGAUUCAUCAGAUUCAUCGGAUUCUAGACUCCAAGCAAGUGUGUUCAUGAACGGCAGGGGCCGUAUUGCAGAUCCCCAUGACGACCUACCGGACAUCUGUUGGGUCACAGCGCAUUUGCCCGAGAGUAUGUCGUGUGAUGGACAAAGUGAUGAAGAGAUUAUGAAUCUUGUACUUUGCAAGAUCCAGAUUGGGAAUGUCAUCAUUGGUGAUUGUGCACUGCAUAGCUUAGGGUUCCAUUGUCUGUCAUUACCGGUUAAAGGUACACCCCGGGAAAACACCGGUGAAGUCUUGUCUUACGCUGAAACUCUCACGGAAUGGUGGCUCAAGCAAAUUCGCAUGAGUAGGGCCUGUCUUGACCAGUACAGUAUUUUUGAAGCCACCACGCGCUCCUUGGAGCACACUAACAGCCUAGAGGAUGUACCUCACGGGUGGGGACAAGCGCGCUAA